AUGGUUCUUACCGCAAACGAUGAGGCUUCAAUCGAUACGAGAAUAAGUCUCUUGGCAAACAUCAAUAUUGAGAUGGUGAAUCUGAAAGCUUUAUACAAGCUGUUCAAAACUGAAGACUCGGCUACGGUGUUGCAACGGCUCACCCAGGAGCGAAUGUUCUGCGACAAACUGCCGCGUGACGUUUGGAGGCUCUGCAAGGACAGUCUGCGGUGCAUAAAGUGCGAGAAGCGAUACAGCGACUGGCGCAGCCUGCGCAAGCACAUGAACUACUUCUGCCUCAUGGACCCGCUCUUCCCCUGCCCGUAUUGCUCCCACAAGGCCAGGCUGACCACUCUACUCAAAUACCACAUUUUGCGCGAGCAUAUGUGCCAGGCGCCGGCUAAUAAGAAACGCCAAUUAGUUCACACCGACCUGGUCUCGCCUAGGCACGGCGUGGUCACCAAGUCCGAAGAUCUCCUCGCGGAGCACUCGGGCAAGCCCCUCUUCGUCUGCCCCAAGUGCGGCAAGGGCUACUCCUGGAAGGCGAGUCUGCAGCGUCACCUGUCCACCGUGUGCGGCACGCCGCCUAUGCUCUUCUGCAACCUCUGUGGAUACAAGAGCAGCCGCAAGGACGUUCUCUUCAGGCACAUGCGACACGUGCAUCCGAGAUCCUAG